AUGGUUGUUCCGAAGCUGGUCCAAGUUACGGUCACGUGCAUUCAAGAGUGGCCGGUUGGUAUCUUUCGCCUGACUGCGUACAGCAAGAAGACAAGCAAAAUUCUCGACACGGUCUUCUAUCAUCCAGGAAUCGAUCUACACCGGACCAGCGACUGUUUCGUGUACUGGUGUGAUCCUCGGCGAGGGAUCAUUUGGGGCUUGAAUUUCGUAGCGCCGAUCGACGCCUCGCGUUUCAUCAGCAUUUUAGUACGUGUUGCAAUCAGCUGGAGUUCACAGUUCGUCGUAACUCAGUUCGGAAAAGUCUGUCGAUGGCCCCCUGUCGUUGUUCUUUCCGGGUUGCCCGAAGCCGGCCGGCCGGCCGGCGGCAUCGCAGCAGUGAUGGUCGAUCGUCGAUUGCCAACGAUCGAAUUCCGUCGCCUCCCGCUUCCUCCGUCCUGUCACUCAUCCUCGGCCGUCGCCCCUCACACCGAUGGACCCGGCCGACCGCCGUCCGGCUUGCUGUCGUCCAUCCACCCGAGUGAUCGCCUACGAACUCGUUUUAAUCCAUCGCAUCAUCUCUCAUCGUUCCUGGUCCACCGGACGGAAUUCGAUUUUGCUUCGAUCGGCCACCGACCGGCGAAGAGCCUCCGCCCCCUCCGACAGCUGCCGACUGCUCGGUCUGGCGCCACAGAGGCGUGGUUUUUGCGCCAGCGCCACCGUAGCCUCCGAUACUCGCUCACGACAAAACUGGCAAGCGACACCCUCCUUCGCCUCGAACCGAGUUCGAAACCAUUUUUUUACUCGAAACAGCUGUCGUCGGCUGCCGGCGUAGAAUGCGCUAUUUGGAUGAUGGCUAUCUAG